CAAGGGAGUAAAGCCAGGAGAAUUCACUUCAAUUGCAUCUCCAGUAACUUUUAUUGGGAUGGUUUUUGGGCGAUAAUAAAGAACAGAUGGUGUUUUUGAGGGAAUUUUGGCUGGUGUUUUGGAGGUAGGUGUCUUGGAUGGAGUUUUGGAAGGUGGGAUGAUUGGAGGGUUUUUUUGUGGUAAAGGGAUUAGGAGGCAGUUUUUGGCUAUAUGACCCAUCUCCUUGCAAUGAGAACAGGUUGGAGGAAGCCAAGGGUAUGAGACAGUGACUUCAACAACCUCCCCUGAUUGCCGAGUGAAUUCAACUACGUCAGGUAAGGCCUUGGUUAAAUCCACUUCGACCUUAGCAUGUGAGAGGGAGAGACUAACAAGGUUUUUUGUGAAAUCAUCUGUUUCCUUAGGUUCACCAACAAGACCUGCUACCAAACUGAGCCCAUCCUGAUGCCUAACAUCCAGUGGAAUGCCAGUUAAGUGAGCCCAUAUCUGGAUCGACUUGAAAGAGGGAGCUUUAGUUGAGUGAGUUGAUGUCCACUGCUCGGUAUGGAACAUCGAAUCUCCUACAUACCAGUAGCCUUUUUCCAAUAUUUUUUUCUUCAAGUAGUCACUAGUGAUGCAAACUAGGAGACUGCGAGAGGCCGGGUUGUUAUGUAUUUCCGGUCUAGUACCUUUGCCCCACAUGUGGUUUAACACACUUUGGAUUUGACUGUAGGGCGGAGGUCGACCAUUGAAAAUACAAACAAUGAAGUCCUUGUGCAAUGCUGCUCCUUUCUGAAAGACUUCAUCAGGGAUUAGUACCGUUGGUCUAUCUGUAGCUGAGGUGGUAGCAGGUGCUAGUCGUUUCAAGGAUUUAUCUUCAAACCUUCGGAUUUUUUCAACAAGAGUGGGAAAGGAAUGGGCAUUGGGUUGAGUACCAGAUUGAGUAGUUGCUGAGACGGGUUUGGGUUCAGCGGGUUUGGGUUCAGCGGUUACAGGGUUUGGAGGUAAAGUGGCAGAUACACGAUUUGUAUCUGUCGCAUUUGAAUGGUGGUGGUUGGACGGGUUGGCAGUAGAUGUGUGAGUAGGUGAGAUGGCUUUGUUGGUUUGCAAAGGAGAGCUAGUCUUGGGUGACAAGACAGUAAGAUUCACCGUAGAGUUGGAGUGAGCAUCUGUUACAGAUCCAACAACAGUAGUUUCAGAUCUGGGAUUUGGAACAGAGCCAGAGACAAUUUCCAACUCCAUUUCAAUGUCAGCAGUAAGUGAAGGACCAGCAGCAGAGGGCUGUUGGACAGUUUGGUUAGAGGGAGAGUGGGGAGAAGAUUCAGUCGAGAGAACUGAAACUCUAGUUCGGUUGAGGCGCUUAGAGGAGGUGGUAGGGGAGAGGAUGGGGAAUAGCUCUAAGGAAAGGGUAGGGAGCGGGUCAGGCGGAUCAGGGGGAAUGAGAUUUCUCUUAUCACCGGUGGAAGAAGACGACGGAGGCGAAGCGGAAGCGAGGCGGCUUAAAUCUCACGGGUUCGACAUAGGAAACUGAGCCAGAGAGCUAUUGGCUUUUUUAAAUCAUAUUUUCCCUUAAACGAUUUAUCGAAUGAUUGAACCAUUAGUGGAGACAUUUCAAGAUGGUGUUGCUUGAAAUUAUGUUAUCAAGGAGAAUAUAAAAUAUUUUAAAACAUAUUCGUAUUGCGAUUUAACUGUAUUGCCAUUUUUUUAUAUAAAGUUAUCAGUAAGACAAUCUUGAAGGAAAACUAAAAACAGUUUGCGAAGUUUCGUCGGUGCAACAAUCAUAAAAUUAUAGUUCAAAAUCUAUCAUUUGAGGUAGAGCAAAAGUAGAUUACGUGCACACAUGUAUAAACAACAAUAUUAUCGUUGAUCAUAUAAAAGAAUAUAUAUAUUAUUUUUUUGCAUAUAAAAGAAUAGUUGCAUGAUGGUUAAACUGAUUUCCCUCCUUCAGAUUAUAUAGUAAACCGUAUGAAUUGAGAGAAUAAAUUAUGUGUUCAAAGAGAUGAUACAAGAGAAACUAUAAACUUGAUUAUACAAUAAAGCUUAAAGACACUAAAACUAUAAAAUAAAACUAUAAACAUCUCCAAUAAAAUACAUAAAAACACCAAAUUUGGUAUAAUUUCAUCUCCAACAAAACACUAAAAUUGACACUAUCCCACCAAAUUUAAUGUAAAACUAUUCAUCAUAUCAAAUCUUUAAAUUACAUAUUUUAUUAUGUUACAUUUAAUAAUAUAGUUCAAUUACUAUAAAAUUUGUAAUUAAACAAAAAUAUAUUGUAUUAUUUGUAUUUUAAAUUUAUUUUUACAAAAUUAAAAAAAAAAAAUUAUUUUUAUUUUUUAUUUUCAAAAUAAAUUAUUAAAUGACUGUUAUCAUUUAUCACUUAUAAAUAAUAAAAAUAAUAAUUGUUUAUCAAUUACAAUAAUUGUUUAUCAAUUACAAUAAUUGUUUAUCAAUUACAAUGUGAUAAAAUAAUUGUUUAUCAAUUACAAAUAAUAAAAAUUUAAAAAGUUUAAAACUGAAAAUAUUAAAUAAUAGAAUAUUAUUUUUGGUAUAAAAUUUGGUGUCAUUGUUAAAAAUGACAAAAAUAAUUUGACAAAAAAGCACUAAAUUUAGUGCAAUUUUAAAUGUCAUUGUCGGAGAUGCUAAGACCAUCUGCAACGCUGUUACUCUUGGCUUGAUAACCGAGGUAAGGUUUUUAAAUUAUUUUAUUUUUUUAUUAUUUUUUUUUAGCUAAAAAAAAAGGAAAGAGCCAAUCGCGGGAUCCCACGUGGCGGUAGGAUCUUCGCACAGUAACAAGUCUAUCCUUAACUAAGGAUUAAUUUAACACAAACUCUUAAAUUUCGUGGGCCCCACAUAUUAUUAUAAUACUUUUUUGUUAAGGAUUUUUUGCUAAAGAUUCCUAUUGGACUUGCUCUAAGCAUCCAAGAAGCUAAUUAUUCACACGUACUUUUGUUUCUUUUAAGAGUAUCUCCAAUCCCACAGUAAAAUUUACUGCAAAAUACAGUGGAUUAUGCAUUUGUGAACAAACAAAAAAAUCAUUACUGCAUAUAUGGAGUAAUGAUUUUUUUUAUUUGCUUAUAACUGCAUAAUCCACCCCAUUUUGAUGCACUAAGAGCAUCUCCAAAAAUACUCCCUAUUAUAGAGUUUUGCAAAUUCUAUAUUUGAAGUUUCAAGGUGUUCUUCUCCAAAAGCAAAACUUCAAAUUUAACUUCAAAAUUAUUUAUAAUUUACAUUAUACUCCUUAUAUUUGUCAUAAUUAAUAUAAAUCCAUAAAACUUUUGUAGAUAACUAGCACAUAUAUAAAAUAUUAUAGUAAUAUUAAUUAAGAAAAUAUUACACUAAAAUAUAAAAUUAUAAAUAGAAAUACAUAAUGAAAUAUUAAACUACAAGAAAAAUACCACAUUAUUACAUAAAAUUAUUUUAAAAUGCUCCAUUUUCGGUUAUACAAAAUUUGUUUGGAAAAUAUUUUAAAAGUUCUGAAAAAAAUUUACUAGACUAUUAGUGUUGAUGUAAUAUUUAAAUUUGUGUAAUAAUUAUGUCUUCAAGUAUAUAUCUUCUUAAAAAAAUUAUUAAGUUUCUUUUGUAAUAUUCUUGUUGUCUAAUUCUACUUUUAAAAUAUUAUAAAUCUUUUUUUGAUUUUUAAAUAAACUUCUAUAUGUAAAAUUUUAAUUUAUAGAAUAAAUUUGAAAUAUUUAAAGUAUACAAAAGUUUUAAAGAUUAAAAUUAUGGAUGAGAAAAUACUUAAGAAUCAUAAAUGUGAUGUAUAAUUAAUUAUAAGGAUCAAAAUACAAAUAAAAAGAUGAAACUUCAAAUUUAGAGUUUUUAGAAGUGAAAUUUCAAAUAUAAAGUUUCACUUUUUAAAACUUUAAAUUUGAAGUUUUGAAGUUUCUUUUUACGGAGCAAAAAACUCUAUAUUUAAAGUUAUAGAGUUUGUUUUCGAGAUGCGUACCGUAUUUUACUGUUCCGUUUGUGCAUCGGCAGCUAAAUUCGAGCGUGAAAGACACGCGCUUGUGGAUCCAGAUACGUUGCGUCUGAAAACACAACACGUAGCAACUCCUUUUUAAAAAGAAAAUACAUUUAUUAUUUCUCGACGACCUUGCUUCGCCGUCCGAUCUUAAUGAAUCCAAUCGUCAUUCACAAUGAACGACUCAGAUGAGUGCAUGACGACCUACUUUCUUUAAUCACAUUUUUGUCGUGACCUAAUCUUUCUAUUUUACUCAUUAAUCACCCUUUAAAAAAAAAAAAAGUCUAUAUGUGGACCACAGUGAUUGGAAAUUGAGAAACCAAAUUUUUCUUCCUUGGCAAAAAUAAAACAUUUUUGUCAAGCACUUCUAUUUUUUUUAAUUCGCUUUGAUAAUUACUCUGGUAAAAAAAAAAAUAGAGAGAGAAUAGUUGGUCUAAUAUCUCUCGCUCGUCUCAGCUCUGUGGAGUCUGCACACCCUUACAUAUAUAUAAAAAAACACAAACGUUUUCUCUGUCACUUUUUCGAUUAAAUAAAAGAAAAAAGGUUUUUAUGUGGAUUGAUAAUAGAAACAUAUGAAACAAUCGUCAUAAGAAGCAGAGAUUCACCUUCUCCUCCUCUCUCUCUCUCUCUCUCUCUCUCUCUCUCUCUCUUUAUCUUUCCCUCUCAGACACACAGGAGAUUCGAACACAACAACAACAACAAAAAAAAAGUCAAACAAAACGAUGGCGUUUCAUCAGAAUCAUCUCUCUCAAGACCUCUCUUUCAAUCACUUCACCGACCAACACCAACCUCCUCCGCCUCCUCCACCUCCGCAACAACAACAACAUUUCCAGGACUCUGCGCCUCCCAACUGGCUCAACACGGCUCUCCUCCGCUCAGACAACAACUUCCUCAACCUCCACACGACCGCCGCCAACGCCACCGCCGCGAGCAGCUCCGAUUCUCCUUCCUCCGCCGCCGCCGUCGCCGCUAACCAGUGGCUUUCCCGCUCCUCCUCCUUCCUCCAACGCACCGCAAACAACAACAACGCCGCCGUUGUCGGAGACGUCAUCGACGACGUAACCGGAGGAGGAGCCGAGCAGAUGAUGAGCGGCGGUGAGAACAAGAACGACGGAGGAGGAGGAGAAGGAGUCGUGAGCUGGCAGAAUGCGAGGCACAAGUCGGAGAUCCUCUCUCAUCCUCUCUACGAGCAGCUUCUGUCGGCGCACGUCGCGUGUCUGAGAAUCGCUACUCCGGUUGAUCAGUUGCCGAGGAUCGACGCUCAGCUUGCUCAGUCGCAGCACGUCGUCGCCAAGUACUCCACUUUAUGCGGCGGCGGGCAAGGACUCGUCGGCGGGGACGACAAGGAGCUUGACCAGUUCAUGACGCAUUAUGUGCUGCUUCUAUGCUCUUUCAAAGAGCAACUGCAACAACACGUGCGUGUUCAUGCGAUGGAAGCUGUGAUGGCUUGUUGGGAGAUUGAGCAGUCUCUUCAAAGCUUAACCGGAGUGUCUCCCGGUGAAGGAAUGGGAGCAACAAUGUCGGACGAUGAAGAUGAACAAGUAGAGAGCGAUGCUAAUAUGUUCGAUGGGGGCUUAGAUGUUUUGGGUUUUGGUCCUUUGAUUCCUACUGAGAGUGAGAGGUCUUUGAUGGAACGUGUUAGACAAGAACUUAAACAUGAACUCAAACAGACACUUUGUUUGUUUUGGUGUGGAAAAAAGGGUUACAAGGAGAAGAUAGUAGACAUAAGAGAGGAGAUAAUGAGGAAGAGAAGAGCUGGGAAGCUACCUGGAGACACCACCUCUGUUCUCAAAGGAUGGUGGCAGUCUCAUUCCAAAUGGCCUUACCCUACUGAGGAAGAUAAGGCGAGGUUGGUGCAGGAGACAGGUUUGCAGCUAAAGCAGAUAAACAAUUGGUUCAUCAAUCAGAGAAAGAGGAACUGGCACAGCAAUCCAUCUUCUUCCACUGUCUUGAAGAACAAACGCAAAAGCAAUGCAGGUGACAAUAGCGGAAGAGAGCGUUUCACGUAGGAAAGAACAUAUAUAUGGAAGUGAAUUUGUAGCUGGAUUGGUUGGGAUUUGAAGCAAAGGGUUUUUAGGGGUUAAAGGCGAGAAAAUGAAGGAGAAGUUGGGCUUAUAUAGAAGAGAGGGGACAGUAUUAGACAGUAACUUUUUGUGCAAUUACAACAUAGUACGCAGUUUGGUUAUGUGAUGCCAUGUUUUUAUUAGUAGUACUAGUAAGUAAGUACACAAAUCCCAAAAGUAAAAGAAAUAAGGUUAUCAUUAUUUUAUGAUUUCCAUUAUUUUUUUGUUUGAUUUGUUCCACGCUAUUAUAUGAUUAGUCUAAUGUAUUUGAACCA